UACAGGAUCGAUGUGGAGCACCAUUCAGAAGUAGGGGGAUACAUACCGAUAGACUGGAGAGACGUGUGCUGUCAUUUCACCGCUUUAACAGUGUUGAGUGAGAGAAGAUAAAGUGUGCAGAGAUAGAGAUCGUAGCACCUCCCACGUCAUAUCUUUGGUAUCAGGAGCUUCAGCGAGAGAGAGAGAGAAAUAGAAAGAGACAGAGAGAGAGACCGCUGUGGUUGUGGAAAUUGGACGACAUGAGCUCGAGACUACAUGAAUCGUGAAAAAUGCAGUAAGACGCUUUCGGCGUUCGACUUUCAUCCGUCUCGACCGACACACAAACGAAACUAUUCUUUAAGUUCAGGUGUAAUAUUGUCUGCAGCCUGAAGGGGGCAGAAUGCCAGAGCAGAGUAAUGAUUACCGCGUGGUGGUGUUCGGGGCGGGGGGAGUGGGGAAGAGCUCCUUGGUGCUGCGCUUCGUCAAGGGCACCUUUAGGGACACCUAUAUCCCCACCGUGGAGGACACCUACAGGCAAGUGAUAAGCUGUGACAAGAGCGUGUGCACCCUUCAGAUCACAGACACCACCGGGAGCCACCAGUUCCCUGCCAUGCAGCGCCUGUCCAUCUCCAGCCACGCCUUCAUCCUGGUCUACUCCAUUACAAGCAAACAGUCACUGGAGGAACUCAAGCCCAUCUACCAACAGGUACUGGCUAUCAAGGGGAACGUGGAGGCCAUUCCCAUCAUGCUGGUUGGCAACAAGAGUGAUGAGACCCAGCGGGAGGUGGAGACCAAGGACGGGGAGGCGCAGGCCACUCAGUGGAAAUGUGCCUUCAUGGAGACCUCAGCCAAGACCAACCACAAUGUCACUGAGCUCUUCCAGGAGCUCCUUAACCUGGAUAAGAAGAGGAACAUGAGCCUCAACAUCGACGGCAAGCGCUCUGGGAAGCAGUCCCGCGCAGAGAGACUGAAGGGCAAGUGUAGUGUGAUGUAGAGAGGAGGGGCAGAGAGGGGAGGAAAAACGGAUGAAGGGACGGAAGAGGAAGGAGGAAGGGAUGGGAAAGCGAGAGGCGAAAAAAGAAAGGGUGAAGAUGGAGCUCUUCAUAGCCAGCCCCUCUAAUCUUAUAACCAGGACUAAAGUCCUUUCAACCUACUAAUUUACCCUAAUGUUGUGGAUGUAGUGAAUAUAUAGCUUUGAAUUCAGAGGGUUGCCUGUACAAGACUGGAACCAACUCACAGCCCUGCUAAAUUCCAUCCAACACCAGAACCCCAGCACCAGGAGUCCCGGACCCCACUGGUGAGAUGUGGUGGUGUUGUCCUUAUGGACUCUACCACAGAAUUCACAAAUUAUAUCUAAUACCUAUACACUGGAGCUGGAUGAGGGUGCCCUUAGGCACUGGCCCAGGUCAGUCUGGCUUUCUUCUACAGGUGUUAACGCUUAGGGUCUGGGUCGGUCAGCUGAUCUCAGAUCCUUGCGCAGAGGCCAACUUCAUACCCAAGCUCUUUCACCUCUAUCCCCCCGCCACCCCCCCCCCACCCUCAUGUAGGGUAGAGAUAGAUCUUAACUGUCCCCCAACUAACGUUAUUAAAACCUGGAGACCAGCUGUCAACAUGGUAUACUGUUGACAGAACUGGGAAGCAGUUCUAUAACAGUUCUGGAGAAUCAGAGGACUGGUGGACUGUAUGGCUGCUGGAUGAAUCCGUUGUUGUGUCAUCAACAGAACCUUGUGGAGGAUGGAAUCUGGUUGAACAUUCUGGUGCAAGGAAUGCAAGAGUAAAUAAACGUUGUUAUGAGAUAGACUGGGAAAGAUUAUUAAUCAGUUGAAAGUGGACUGGGAUGAUGCAGAUUAGUAAAUUGGUAAUGUCAGUUUGCUUUGACCCUGUAUUUAAAAAAAAAAUUUUUUUAUUUUGUAGAAUGGAUUUCCUGUGGCCUUUCGUUUCUUUGUGAAUUAUUUUGGAAAGCUUUUAAAACCUCUUAGAAUUUGAAUCCAACAAGCACAGAGACUAUGGAGCUGUGGAGCAGAAGGUUUUCAGGGGUGACCAGAGCUAGACCUCUUGCAAAUAAGUACUCCUGUUCCCAUGUCUAUCUGAUCAAACUCUCAUUGUACUGUACGUCACAAGGCUUAGAGAGGUAUUGCCAGGGAAUAGUGUAUUAACUAACACACACACACACACACACAGAUGGUUUGGUGUUACACAACCACAGCCACACAAAAAUAUCUGAAUGCCCUCAGACCCACCAGAGAGACAUGCCUACGAUCCCUCAUGUUGCACUCUCUGAACAAAGAGAAUGAAUAUUUCUCUUUGAACAGACUACAGCUGUUCUGGGAGAUCCAAAGUAUAGGUAGUUAGUCUAGGCUCUGGAAUAUAGAAGCACAACAAAAUGUAACACAUAUACAUAUCUAUAUGUGUUUGUUAUUGUUUUGUACCUUUUUCUUCUGUUGAUCUAAUCUCGUGGGAUUCACAUCUUGCUUGACCAAAGGUGGAGAAGGAUUAAUGGCAACUAGAGAUGUUGAUGUUGUAAGUUGCAGUGUGUUAACUUGUGCCUACGUUCAAGCAGUGCCGGCCCUUCCUAUAGGCGACAUAGGCAGCCGCCUAGGGUGGCAUGAAGAGGGGGGCAGCAAUUUCCCAAACCUUGCCUAGGGAACCAAAUGUGCUAGGACCGGCACUGCGUUCAAGGCACAAUGAGGCUGUGGAAGAGUAACCGGGCAUCGUAAUGUGAUAGACAGAUCAGACGAGUGAAAACAGAUGUGUCUAGCUGUGUCUGCGCUUACACACUCCCAGAAUGCAUAAGAGGAAAGGAAAUUAUCUAUCUCUUUGGUUAGUUUUUUCUCAAUCUGAAUGGGGUCUUUUUCAUAUCAUCAAGUACAUUCCAUUUCUGACCCUGAAAAGCACAACAUUCAUCCUUGUUAAACUCAUAGUUAAGGAACCAUGCUGUAUUAUGUUAUUAAUACUAUUACUUUGAAGUCAAUCAAUCACAGCAUCUUCAUCUAGUGACAAAAUGCAGGCUCUCACUGUUGGAGCCUUGGUGACAAGAGUAUGCUGUGUGUGACUAUGGAAGUGUCGGUGUGUGAGUAUGGAUUAUGUUGUGUGUGUCUGAAUCUGGAGUGUACUGUGUGUGUGUGUGUGUAUGUAAGUGUAGUUUGUGUGAGUAUGGAGUAUGUUGUGCAUGAGUAAGGAGUGUACUAUGUCUAUGAGUGUACUGUGUGAGUAUGGAGUAUGCUGUUUGUGAGUAUGAAUUAUGCUGUGUGUGAGUAAGGAGUGUACUGUGUGUAAGUAUGGAUUGUACUUUGUGUUUAUAUGGAUGCCCCUGCCUCCCACUCUCUGUCUCAUCCAGUUUGUCAGGGGAGGAUUUUUUUUACAUCUGUGGGUUAGCCUGCGUGUACAUGUGCGCAUUGUUUGUGUUUGUGUGUGUUUCUAUGCGAUUUCAUGAAGUGUCUGUCAGAUAUCUGAAGCUUCCCCGUGGAGAUUACCCACACAUUCUGCAUGAGUCAUACUGCUCAGACUCUUAGACACACACAUGCACCAACACACACAGACACAAGCACGCCAACACACACCAAUAUGAGCAUGAAGACCAAGCAGACUGGCGGAUCAUCUCACUCCCCCCUUCCAUUUACACACACUCAUGCGUAAAGACGAUACAAAAUCUGAGGCAUAGCAACAGGGUGUCCAGUUGUCUCUGUGCAGAGUGCGUCAGACCUGUGUGUCUGCAGAAUCGUCAUUCAACACACCUCCUCUCUCUCUCUCUCUCUCUCUCUCUCUCUCUCUCUCUCUCUCUCUCUCUCUCUCUCUCUCUCUCUCUGUCUCUGCUCCACAGUGUCCAUCCCUCUGUUGUGACAGCCUCAUUGGUGUGUUACUGUACUUACCUUGAGUACCUCUGGGACCCAGGACUUGAGCUCCUCUUCAUUUAGUACUUCUACUAGACUCCACCCAGGACUGAAUCCCCUUUUCCUUUAGUACCUCCACUAGACUCCACCCAGGACUCGAGCCCCUUUCCCUUCAGGAGAUCAGUCUACGUUGCCCUUUAGUUAUGUUCCGCUAGGACACUGUUUUCUUUUUUUCUGAUCGGGUCUGGUUCUGACAUUGGGAUUGAGCCCCGAUCUGUUUCAUCUGUAGAUAUCUGUAAAUAACGUUCAGAGGACCCAAGGACAGGAGAGACCGAGGAUGAAGAUGAGGAUUCUGAGGUACACACACAACAAAAUCUCAGUUCUAUCUCUUUCCAUUGGCUGAACAUUGUCUAGUCCAAUCAGAGCUUGUAUAGAAUAUGAGUGUCAUUGAGUGUUUCUUUGAACACUUGUACAGAUCACAGAAGGACCAAUGCUUACUAGGGCCCCUUAAACUCAACUCUGUUCUCCCCAGAAAGGUAUUACAGACGUAAACGUUAAUAGCUCAUUUUAGGAUUGGUACAAGAGAGAAAGCACAUUGUCCAAUUGUUUGAUAUCAAAUCAAGCAACUAACAGGGUACUGGUCACGUUGCUGAGGAGGGUUUAUGGGAAGUGUAUUUUGUCGGUAGUAAAGUCAAGAACUACAACACAGCCACACUGCGACACACCCAGGCAGUAAGUAGAACAGGAGUGAUUAGAAUGACAGUGGUUCUCCGUUUCAAAUGUUUUCCAUCAGCCCAGGUCUAGCAGGUAAGAAAGCUGACAUCUUUAAGUUCUGGCCCAGUCACACCUCUGGCCCGGAACAGGAACUACCCAGUGUUUUAGAUCUACAGGAAUCUGGUGUUAUUGUAACCGAGUUGAAUUGGGUAACUCACUCCUUAGUAUAAAUAUUGCUUACUAGUGUCAUUGAAUUGCUAGAUUUCCGGUGGUGUAGCUGGCAUAAGAAGUGUUUGUGAAAGGUGAACAUUGCGAGCAUGAGUUAGAAGACCCUAGCUAUGUCCCUGGUGAAGGAGGAAGCGAUACUGAUGAGUGAUUUAACUGUACCUGUGACAUGAGCUCAUCUAGUACCAGGCAAGAGCAGCCUCCUUGUGUUUUCAAUGGAAUACAUUGAAAAGGAAAGCAUAUCCCAUGUUGCUCAAACUUGUCUAGUCCCUUUAGAUCUGUGGAUGAUGUUUCUGGACCGGGCCUCUGUGGGGUCUCUAGAAUUCUGGGUAAUGUAGUUGAGUAUUAUCCUACAUCUCUGACCCCUCAUCCCUGCAUGGUCCCUAUUGGUGUUCCAGCCAGCAUGAGAACAAGGACACAAACUGUGAAUCAUCUUUGUAUUUUUAAUGACUCUUCAGCAUUAAUGGCUUUGGUUUAUUGCUUUUGUUUUUUGUAAAAAAAAAACUUAUGUUGCAACUUUUUUUUUAACCUUAUUCUAAUGUAUAGAUAAUUAUUCUAGCAAUAGUCUUCCUAUUAAGAUAUACUGUGCUGACGCAUCCUCUGACAAACUGAAAAUAUCAUAUAUAUAAAUAGAUAACAAUAAUCAAAUCUGCAAAAUGAUUUUCCUAAUAAAAAUGUGAAUUGAAAAA